GACUACUUAAGCUCAGAUUUUGCUGGACGAACAAAUGGUUUCCUACCAGAAAGGUUUAGCAUACGGUAUCUGUCACAAGGGAAUGCUGUUGCUCUCCAACCAACUCUUUCCUUUGAUUACUUGAUUGCUGCUGAAACUGAUGCAGCUGCAGGUGAUCCACCAAUACCAUCAGAAGUUGUACUUGUAUACAGACGUCUUAGCAUUACAAUAGAGGACAUAGACAUAAUUACUGUUGGUCUUGAACCUCCAUCAAUAGUUUUAGAAGGUAGUAGUGCUACAGCUAGGGUUGAACGUCAAAUAAUUACAUAUGAAGCUCCUUUUGAAGUUACUGUCUCAAAUGAGAGGUAUACUGGCCCAUUGUCUCAAGAUGAAGCUGCUGUUGGAGACUUUGAUCUUUUCAACUUUACUGAGAAGCAUAGCUAUGUAUUUCGACCAACAACAUUAAAUGAGCAACGCUUUGGAGAACUAAUUUUUAUAAUGCCACAGGACAAUAUUGUUGAGUUACAAGAAGUGUUUAGAUGGAGACUCACUGUUAAUGAUUCUAGAGUUAGACUAGAUCCUGAAAAAAUCACUCAAUUAGUAAGACUUGAUAAUCAAGAUGUUUUUAAUAUUGGAUUUAAAGAUGUAAAUGUGACUAUUAGAGAAGGAGAAGGGGCAGCAUUAACUAUAAAGCAGAUAGGAAAUGAGACUGGUGGUGCAGACAUUGGAGGCUUUCCAGAGGAUGGUUUACAACCAAUUCAAUUGGAACUUAUAUUGGGGACUGCCACAAAUGGUAGUGAUUUCCUUAUAAAUUUUACUGUUCCAAGAUUAACCUACAGUGUUAAUAAUACACUGAAUGAUAUUUCAUUCACUUCUAUCACUAGUAUUGAUGAUAAUAUCAUUGAGGGAAAUGAAACAUUAAAAGUCGUCAUAGUACCUGUUGGGAAUAAUGUUCAAGCACAGAAAGACCGGCAGACGGCUACCAUCACAAUCAUUGAUAAUAACAUCAUAACAACACCUCCAGAGUCAGUCACUGUACUGCUAAAUGAAGGAGGAAGAGCUAAUUUUACUUGUGAAGGAACUGGUGGUGUUUUAAGAUGGACAGUUGAAGGCUUACCAACAGACCAUUCUCUUAAUCAAGAAAGAAGUUUAAUAGUUAGCAACACUAGUGCAUCUCCUGAUGUAUUGUCAUCAGUUCUAUCAGUUGCUGUAUUGCCUAUUAAUGAUGGAGUUAAUAUCACUUGUCAAAUUUAUUCAAUUUCUAAUCCAUUUGAUCCAACCACUUCAACAAGCACUCUAACAAUACGAGGAAUAUCAUCUGUUGAAGACCUACAAUGGUCUAAUGAUGAUCAGUUACUCUCAUGGUCUCCUCCUUCUUUUUAUUCCAAUGAUAUACUACCAGGAGGAAUUGCAACAUAUAAUGUACUAGUGAAUGGUAUCAGUGUUACUAAUACUGCUAAUACUAGUGUAUGGUUGAAUAGUACAGCAUUGAAUAUUUCUUGUAAAGAGUUUGAUGUCAGUGUUACUGUUUUUAUUGUACAAUAUGUGUCACUUGGGACAGUACACAGUUUUAACAACACUGCAAAUUAUACUGUAUUUUAUGAAAGUCUUUUAAUGAAUUAUGAUGAAUCAAAUAGUACAUUUAGUGCCAAUCUCACUAGCUUGAUAAACAGUACACAAUCAUGUGACAGUACAAUAAUGGGUAGAGUUUACCCUGAUAAAGGAAUAAAAGAAAAUACUCAGUUUAUUAAAGCUAAUGAAAAAGAAGAAAUAUUUCAAUAUAAAAUGAUUGGAUUAAAACCAUGUAGAACAUACACUGCCGUUAUUGAUGUGUUACAUUAUUUUAUUAGAGGAGAUAAAACUAAUUUCACAUUUACCACACCAUCAUCAGAUGUUUAUGAUAUUAUUGUAUCAAAUGAAAAUGAGUCAGUUAGUGUAGAGUGUGUAUAUGCUUUGCUAUCUACUGCUGAAGGAUGUCAUGUAGUAUUUAAUGAUGUGGCAAAUAAAAGAAGUGAAUCCUUCAACAUAACAGGAUCAGGUAAUACAACGAUAUCAUUAUCAACCAGUGGACAUUAUACUGUGACUGCUUAUGAUAUUCUUAAUGAGAGCAUCAUACCAUGGUCAUGUGUACAACCUAAACUAGUGACAGUAGUUAAAUUCAUGCCUUCACCUUCAUCUGUCAGAUCUAGUAAUGAAUUAUUGCACACACUUUACAGUGAGGAUGUGCCUGUACUAACUUCUUCAGAAUCUCCCAGUAGCUCUGAUCUUAACAUAUCACCAGCAAUUCCUAGUACUAUCAACAGCAACAGUAUUAAUUCAGUUGUAUUGAUAGGUAGUAGUGCAGUUGGUGCUGUUAUUGUGUUUGCUCCAAUCACAAUCAUUAUUGCAGUUGCUGCAGUUGUUUGGCAUAUUAGAAAAACAAAAACAAAAAGUAACUUUAUGAGUAACAAUCCUGCUUAUGGACAAAUUCAACUUACCCUACAAAUGCCAUCAGAAAUAAAGACAGAUGUUAAUCCAGCAUAUGAGACAGUCACAAAUAAUGCACUAUAUGAAACUGUAUUUUAGCCUCAUCAGGCAUUGUAAUGUGUGCAUUUUAAUUAUAAUUGUGUGUAUGCUACAAAACACUAUGGCUAUACAUGAUGUGCAUAUCUCAGCUUAAACUGUUUUUGUUUUGACUCACUUGGUUAUAGUUGUUUACCCAUAUAGUUCACUGUAUAGUUUCAAUAUUACAAAUACAAUGUCAAUUUAUAGUCACAAACUAGA